UUAACCAGGCAGCAUGGCUAGGCAGUGCCUCCUUGAGCACAUGCAGAGGAGAAGGCCGCUGCUCUUGGGAGGGGCAGCGGCUCCCUCUGAGGCAGCCCAACAGACCUGCACUGUCUUCCCCAGGGGAAGACAGACACCCCCCUCCCCCUGCCCCCCAGCCUGAUUGUCUCCUCACAGCUCCACCUCCAGAAGGUAUCUGGGUGUAUGCAUCUUUGCCUUCUCUUUCUUUUUUAAGCUAUAAAGCCUUCUUGCCUCUGUUCCUUUAUCACAGAAGCAACAAUCUCUUAGUCCAUGUGACUCUUGGACCUUUCUGCCAUGCUUUCUGAUUCCCUGCAGGCUUUGCUGGUACCUCUGUCCGGAAGAAGGAGGUGCAGGGCAGAAACAAUCUCUCUGGUGUUCAAAUAGGAAAACAAUGCUCAGAAAAUAGUGGCCACUUAAAUAGGUUUCAGUGCCCAUCAGAGUCAGAUUUGGAAUUGGAAAAAAAUAUCACCUCCUUUCCUAAUCUACCCUUCCCUCUACGGCCAACCUCUUACCAAGGCCACAUUCCAAAGUAAAGGGUGAAUAAAUUAAGAAACUUGCCCCCAACCGUCCCCUGCGAAUCUUCCCCACCCGUGCAGAUCUGAGAUGUAGAGCAACAAGAAAGCAACAUGGGUAACACGCCUUCUGGCAGGAUUCUGGGGACCACAGGACUGGUCCUAUCCAUUCCCUGAUAUAGACGUGUCACCUCUUGGUGUGGUGGUUUACCUCAAGGGACCUUGGGGCUAUACAUACAUGGAUGGGAGAGACGUGAGAAUGUGUCGGGUGGCCAGGGUGGCCACCCAGCCCCUGUAGGUCCCCUUACCUUUCUUUUUCUUCUUUCUUUUUUUUUGUUCCCCUUACCUUUCUUGUUGCCAGCCAGGUGGACCAUUUCUUGCCAUUUUGACCAUCCAUAAAAUAUCUAACUGUGAUUAAGUUGACAGAAUUUUGGCUGAGAUGUCUGGUUUUUUCAGCUGUCAGUGGUCCCUCUCACUUUCCCUCCACAAGUUCUCUGGUCUGCCCAAAGUCCAUACUGUCUUGGGCUUCCUCCUGUUGCUUUUUCCUGGGGCCUCCAAAGUUUAGAAUCCUACAACAUCCUCCUGUGUAUUCAGCAGAUCCUUUAACCUUAAUUCCAUGCUUCUAGAUGUCAUUGUUUAGCACUUUGAGUACCAGACAUUGUGCUUGAUCCAGAAGUGAUGGCGAGAUCUCUGAGCCAGUAAACCCUUCCUUUUUUCAGAACUUCCCUCCUUUUUCACAGGCAGAGGAGUCAACUUUCUCUCCCCAAAGAAUGGAGAGUGGAAGAGAAAGCUUAAUGUUGGUGGAAAGGAACCAGGGGCAUGCCUGAGCCUCUUUAACUUUCUUCAAGGUCCUCUAAAGCAGGAGUCAGCAAACUUUCUUUAAGGAUCAGAGAGUACACAUUCCAGCCUUUGCAGGCCAUAUGGUUUCCCUUGCAGCUCCUUAACUCUGCCAUUAUAGCAUGAAAGCAGUAAUAGAUAAUACAGAAACAAGUGAGUAUGGCUAUGUUCCAAUAAAACUUUGUUUUUAAAAACAGGCAGUGGGUGGGUUUGGUCUUCAGGCUACAUUUUGGCCACCCCUGCUCUAGACCAAUGGGGAGAUCACAGAACCAGAAUGGUUCCAAGAGCUGGUCUAAGAGUUGCCCUCAUUUUACAAAAGGCAAUGAGGUCUGCAGAGGUGAAAUAUAUGCUCAAGGUGACACCAGCUGUUAGAACCCAGAUGAAGUAAAUGAAAUAGGAAAAGAGCGUUCAGAGAACCAACUAGUUGGUUGGCAUCACCUGACCUUUUUUUUUUUUUACAUAAAAUCUCAAAUAUCUGUUUGAAAUAUGUUUUCUAAAAUAGAGAAAAUAGUAUAGUAAAUCCCUAUGUACCUAUCACCUGGCUUGAACAAUGAACAGCUCAUGGACAAUCUUACUUUGUGUGUAUCUUUCCCCUUUGGCCUCUUUGGAAGCAAAUCCAUGAAAUCAUAGCAUUUCAACCUUAGCCUAAGUGGCUGUCAGAGCAGAGUGCUAUUCUGAGGGCUUCCUGAAACACCAAGAUAGACCCAGGCCCUGCUUUGCAGAUGAGGUUUAGGCUAUUGCCUCCUUCAGCUUUCAGACACCAUAAUUUUCAAAAUUUGGCCUCAGCUACUGCUGCCACUCCCCGGCUUGCUAAGCUUCUGGAUUCUUUUGAGGGAAUUUGGGCUGCUAACAAUCCUUGAAAAGUACUCCUGAAGCUGGGUGGAUGCCUUAGGUUUUGGCAAAUUAAAGUGCCACUUGGCCAAAUUCAAAGCCUUUGUAAAUCAUGUUCUGCCCCAAGGGUCUUGCUAUCCCUAUAUGGAUGAUCUGGGUAGGGGUGUUUGACAUGGAUGGUGAUGUCCCUUUGUGACGUCAGACCAUUGCUGCCAGGGCCACCUUCCCUUUUUUGCCCUUUCCUGGUUAAAAACCCACUGAGAAGGGAAUGGAGGAGCAGGAGUUGAAGCUGCCCCAUUUUGCUCUGGCUCUGCUUCUAAGGGACCUGUCCCCUCUUGUCUCAGAUCUCAGAGGGCAGAGGCAUCUCUAUCAGAGCACUCUGCAAAGCCCCCUUCCAAACAUUCCCAUUUUAUAUUAACCACAGUCAUACCAAAUGAGUAGAGCAGGUUUGUCCUAAUUUCCCCCAGUAAUAAAAUGGCCCAAGGUUCACAGCUGACACGUGGUAGACUUGGGGCUAAGCCCAAGUGUUAGGACUCAAAUCCCAUGUUCUUGCCAUAGGCCAGCAGUUCUGAAUGUGAUCCCAGACCAGCAACCUCAGUAUUAUCUGGAAACUUGUUAAACAUGCAGAUCUUGGGCCCUAUUCCAGACCUAAUGACUAAGAAACUCUGGGAGGGUGGCUCCCAGUAAUGUUUUAACUAGCUCUUCAGGAGAUCAUCGGAAUCACAUCUAGAAUUAUAACACAAACAACAAACAGCCCCCCACUGCCAGCUGCACCCCAAGUGCACUGCCAACCUCUGACCAAGGCCUCCUUCCAAGGGAUUGAGACCUUGAGGCCCUUGCUGUCACUGCCGCUGCCCCAACAUGCAGAUCCAGUCUGAUUCCCACCUGACCCCAAACCCUGCUCCUCAGUGCCAGAAGAGGAAGAGGAAUGAGCCUGGCCAGAGCCCAGGUGUAGUAGUUUGGAAGCAGAAUCCCAUCUGGCUUUCAAACGAGCACAGAACAGCAGCUUCAGACUUUCACUGCUGGAACAGCUCAAUUCUUGGGCAUAGUGUCCAAGUUGGGUACUUUACAUCUUUGACUCCAGCUCUGGAGAGUAAACCUGGUUUGCUUAUGUUCAAGAGGUCUUCCCUGUCCUGGCUCCAGAUUCUUCACCAGGUUUACUUUGUAAGCCAUUAAAUGAGGUGGCUGUGCCCCAGCUUAGCAAUGAUCUUACGCUCUGCUGGCCGGGAGUGCAGGCCAAUUUGCAAAGGCAUGUGGGAGGUAUUUACCUGCAAUGGGUGGGACCUAGAGGGAACUUCAAGUUCAUUUCCUUGGAUGGACAUUAAGCUGAGGCCUGUACUAUUUCCCAAGAAGCCCCACUCUCUCUUCCUGCCUCAGCUUCAGAUGACGAGUCUGUGGGUUGGAUUUACUGGGGGAGUGGUUUCGGCAGGGUUCCAGCCUUGGUCUGGUCGGCCCACCGGUUGACUGGAGCGUGCAGCGCUGGAGGCCCUGGGCUGCGUGGGGCGGGAACCAUGUCGCCUCGGUCCCGGGUCCGCCCAUCCGGCAGGGGGCGCGCGGCGCCCGGGCCGCUCGCUCCUGCCCUUCUGCCCUGUCCCUGCCGGGCUCCGGAGUCGCGGGGGCGGGCGGGAGCGAGAUGGCGGCCGCCAGGAGACUCAUGGCGCUGGCCGCCGGCGUCUCUCCGCGCCUGCGGCCGCUGGCUCCCUACACCCCCGGGCGACAGGGACGCCCGCGCGGCCUCUCGACAGGCUGCAUCCGCCCCGACCGCACGAAGGCGGCCGCUGAGGCGGGGGCGGCCCCCGACGGGCCUGAGGAAGGCGACGGAAGCAUGGUGAACGCUUCUAGGGACCUAUUAAAAGAGUUUCCACAGCCCAAAAAUCUUCUCAACAGUGUGAUUGGAAGAGCCCUUGGCAUCUCACAUGCAAAAGACAAAUUGGUCUACGUGCACACAAAUGGACCAAAGAAAAAGAAAGUCACCCUCCACAUAAAGUGGCCCAAGAGUGUGGAGGUAGAAGGCUAUGGCAGCAAGAAGAUCGACGCUGAGAGGCAGGCUGCGGCUGCGGCCUGCCAGCUGUUCAAGGGCUGGGGUCUGCUGGGUCCCCGGAAUGAGCUGUUUGAUGCAGCCAAAUACCGCGUGCUAGCCGAUCGCCUUGGCUCUCCGGCUGACAGCUGGUGGCGCCCAGAACCCACCAUGCCACCUACUUCCUGGCGGCAGCUGAAUCCUGAGAGCAUCCGGCCAGGGGGACCUGGGGGCUUAUCCCGCUCCUUGGGCCGGGAGGAAGAGGAGGAUGAGGAGGAAGAGCUAGAAGAGGGGACCAUUGAUGUCACUGAAUUUCUGUCUAUGGCCCAGCAGGACUCCCACACCCCACUCAGGGAUUCGAGGGGGGGUUCCUUUGAAAUGACAGAUGACGACAGUGCUAUUAGGGCUCUGACCCAGUUUCCGCUUCCCAAGAACCUUCUGGCCAAGGUGAUUCAGAUAGCGACAUCGUCCUCCACAGCCAAGAACCUCAUGCAGUUCCAUACUGUGGGCACCAAGACCAAGCUGUCCACCCUCACCCUACUCUGGCCCUGUCCCAUGACCUUUGUCGCCAAAGGGCGUCGCAAAGCAGAGGCAGAGAAUAAGGCGGCAGCCCUGGCUUGUAAGAAACUGAAGAGCCUGGGCCUGGUGGACCGGAACAACGAGCCGCUCACCCACGCCAUGUAUAACCUGGCCUCCUUGCGCGAGCUGGGUGAGACCCAGCGCCGGCCGUGUACCAUCCAGGUGCCUGAACCCAUCCUCCGCAAGAUAGAGACCUUCCUAAACCACUACCCCAUGGACAGUUCAUGGAUCUCCCCAGAGCUCCGGCUGCAGAGUGAUGACAUCUUGCCCUUGGGCAAGGACUCGGGGCCGCUGGGUGACCCUAUCACAGGCAAGCCCUACAUGCCCCUGUCAGAAACAGAGGAGCUGCGUCUGAGCCAGAGCCUGCUGGAGCUGUGGCGGCGGCGAGGGCCGGUCUGGCAGGAGGCCCCCCAGCUCCCUGUGGACCCUCAUCGGGACACCAUCCUCAGUGCCAUCGAGCAGCACCCGGUGGUGGUCAUCGCCGGGGACACGGGCUGUGGGAAGACCACGCGCAUCCCCCAGCUGCUGCUGGAGCGCUACGUGACCGAGGGCCGAGGUGCUCGCUGCAACGUGAUCAUCACUCAGCCGCGCCGCAUCUCGGCUGUGUCCGUGGCACAGCGGGUCAGCCACGAACUGGGCCCCUCCCUGCGCCGGAACGUGGGCUUCCAGGUGCGGUUGGAAAGCAAGCCUCCAGCCCGAGGUGGGGCUCUGCUGUUCUGUACCGUGGGCAUCCUGCUACGGAAGCUGCAGAGCAACCCCAGCCUGGAGGGCGUGAGCCAUGUAAUCGUGGACGAGGUGCACGAGCGGGACGUGAACACGGACUUCCUGCUGAUUCUGCUCAAGGGCCUGCAGCGGCUCAACCCGGCCCUGCGGCUGGUGCUCAUGAGUGCCACAGGUGAUAACGAGCGCUUCUCCCGCUACUUUGGUGGCUGCCCUGUCAUCAAGGUGCCCGGCUUCAUGUACCCUGUCAAGGAGCACUACCUGGAGGAUAUCCUGGCCAAGCUGGGCAAGCACCAGUACCCACACCGGCAUCGGCACCACGAGUCUGAGGAUGAAUGCGCUCUCGAUUUGGACCUCGUGACUGAUCUGGUUCUGCACAUUGAUGCCCGCGGGGAACCAGGUGGGAUCCUCUGCUUCCUGCCUGGGUGGCAGGAGAUCAAAGGAGUGCAGCAACGCCUCCAGGAGGCCCUGGGCAUGCAUGAGAGCAAGUACCUCAUCCUGCCAGUGCACUCCAACAUCCCCAUGAUGGACCAGAAGGCCAUAUUCCAGCAGCCUCCCGUUGGCGUGCGCAAGAUUGUCUUGGCCACCAACAUUGCUGAGACCUCCAUCACAAUCAAUGACAUUGUGCACGUGGUGGACAGCGGUCUGCACAAGGAGGAACGCUACGACCUGAAGACCAAGGUGGCACCCAUCUCCUGGCCCUGCCCCAGCCCAGAUCUACCCUGGGCCUGUGUGUCUGGAGAAGGCCACACCUGUGGGAUCUCCCUGUCCCUGCUGUGGGGGGCAGUUGAGGAGCUGAGUGAGGUGUCCUGCCUGGAGACCGUGUGGGUGUCACGAGCCAACGUGAUCCAGCGCCGGGGCCGGGCGGGCCGCUGCCAGUCAGGCUUUGCCUACCACCUGUUCCCGCGGAGCCGGCUGGAGAAGAUGGCCCCUUUCCAGGUGCCGGAGAUCCUGCGCACGCCCCUUGAGAACCUGGUGCUGCAAGCCAAGAUCCACAUGCCAGAGAAGACGGCAGUGGAGUUUCUCUCCAAGGCCGUGGACAGUCCAAACAUCAAGGCGGUGGACGAGGCCGUGAUCUUGCUCCAGGAGAUCGGGGUGCUGGACCAGCGGGAGUACCUGACCACUCUGGGGCAGCGCCUGGCCCACAUCUCCACUGACCCACGGCUGGCCAAGGCCAUAGUGUUGGCUGCCAUCUUCCGUUGCCUGCACCCGCUGCUAGUGGUCGUUUCCUGCCUCACCCGGGACCCCUUCAGCAGCAGCCUGCAGAACCGGGCGGAGGUGGACAAGGUGAAGGCACUGUUGAGCCACGACAGUGGCAGCGACCACCUGGCGUUCGUGCGGGCUGUGUCUGGCUGGGAGGAGGUGCUGCGCUGGCAGGACCGCAGCUCUCGUGAGAACUACCUGGAGGAAAACCUGCUCUAUGCGCCCAGCCUGCGCUUCAUCCACGGACUCAUCAAGCAGUUCUCAGAGAACAUUUAUGAGGCUUUCCUGGUGGGGAAGCCCUCGGACUGCACCCUGGCCUCUGCCCAGUGCAACGAGUACAGUGAGGAGGAAGAGCUGGUGAAGGGUGUGCUGAUGGCGGGUCUCUACCCCAACCUCAUCCAGGUGAGGCAGGGCAAGGUGACCCGGCAGGGCAAGUUCAAGCCCAACAGUGUCACGUAUAGGACCAAAUCCGGCAACAUCUUGCUGCACAAGUCGACCAUUAACAGGGAGGCCACACGGCUACGGAGCCGAUGGCUGACGUAUUUCAUGGCUGUUAAGUCCAACGGCAGCGUCUUUGUCCGGGACUCCUCCCAGGUGCACCCACUAGCUGUGCUGCUACUCACCGACGGGGACGUCCACAUCCGUGAUGAUGGGCGCCGGGCCACCAUCUCCCUUAGUGACAGCGACCUGCUGCGGCUGGAGGGCGACUCACGCACUGUGCGGCUGCUGCGGGAGCUGCGCCGGGCCCUGGGCCGCAUGGUGGAGCGGAGCCUGCGCAGCGAGUUGGCUGCACUGCCGCCCUGCGUGCAGGAGGAGCACGGGCAGCUGCUUGCGCUGCUGGCGGAGCUGCUGCGCGGGCCCUGUGGCAGCUUUGAUGUGCGCAAGACAGCUGACGACUAAGCCCCGUCUCCGCUGGGGCCAUGUACAGAGUGCAAAUGUUUAUUUAAAAUAAAGUUCUAUUUAUCCCUUGUGA